UUAUUGUCUGCUUGCUUUGUGAAACGUGAUUGCAUAACGGAUUGUGGUGAAGAAGAGAGUCAAAUAAUGAGUAUAUUGUUACGUCAUACAUCACAACUUCAGCUUUCACUGCUGUAGGUAUUCUUUUUUUCAAAGACUCUAAAUUGGCAAAUGGGCCUUCCUUUCUGAAUCUCGUGUCACCAAUGCCCGGCUUUAGAAGAACAUAACAUAAAAAAACAAGAAGCCCCAUGCCGGCUUGUGUAACCAUGGAUCCUACUAGUAGGACACAUGGUGUAACUUAUAUCCUAAUUAUUGUUUAAGUGUAAAACGAACGGCGUAAGAAGUAUUUAAAGAUGUUCUCCAUGCAUAACAUUAGUGAGAAUAAAUAUGUUAAUAUACCUGCAUUUUGAUGCAGGCAAUGCGAUGACCUCCUUUUGAAUAAAAUGAUCAUCAUAACAUAAUUUGUGUUCCCAAUUGAAAAAAAGGUAACAACACGGCCUUUCCUCAUUAUUUCCUUCUCAUUAAUGUUUAAAUGUCCCCAUUUUCAUCCAUUUAUUUAUUUAUUAAUUGGCUGAAGUCUGAGUUCAGCAUAUAUUUCGAACUUAUAGGAUUCCUUUCAAGUCCGUUUCGGAUGAAAUGUGGUUACUGAAAUAACCCCCUUACAAUUUUAUUUGAUGAAACGUACCACUCAUAUCUCAUUUGGUCACGCCAAAGGAUUAUUGGCUUCAAUACGUUAAAUGUAUAUUGUCAACUGUUCUAAAGAUAUGCAUUAGCAUUAGAUGAAUAUAUAUAAUGAACAUUAUUUUUACAUAUACAUUUAUAUCUUUACUUAAUGAAUUAACACGUCAGAUAUUGCGGGUUUAUAUGACUUGCAUCCACCGAUAUACAUUUACUAAUUUGGAACCCAAUGUGUGAGUUAUGGGAACAGAUUAUGUUGAAAAUAUACCAAGGAUUACACCUUUUUUUUUUCGUUAGCAAUGAGAAAUCAAAUUUAGUAAGGUCUCUUAAUUCCAGGCAGAUUCCAUAAAUCUUGUUUAAUUUGACAAUAAAAAAAAAUAAUUGAUCAUUUCAAUUUCUAGAAAAUAAGAUAAACGUGAAAAAAAAUAUAUAUAACUCAUGAUAAACGUUUAAUUAUUUGAACUUGUAUUCUCUGUAGUUUAUUCAUUCAUUUACAAGUAUUUCUGAUCGGAUAAUUAUAAAGGGUGGUGUCGUGUACAGGAUAAGGUUUUUAGUAAUUUCUAAUUUGCUUUGAUACUGUUUUCUUUUACAUUGUAAAUCGAUUUUUAUUUAGAUUCGAACUCACCGACUGAGGGCGCAUUGUUUUUUUGGUACAGUCAUGGAAAGCGUGUCGCUUGUCAGUUUAGUUGUUAAUUUCUAUAAUUUCGUGAUACGAGCCCAAUGACGUAAGUUCUAUUUUGUUCAUUUUGAAGUUAAGUAGUUAUAUUCUCAGAUAAGCCGAGUGGCAUGCUGAAAUACGGUUUAAGUUAUUACGAAUUAAUAUGGCAAAGUUAUGUAGGCUCAGUGAAUUUGUUCUAAUGAAAACACCGUAUACGUGUACAUGCAUGCAUUAUGUAAUAGAAAGCGUACGCAGCGGUAUACGUAGUUGUGUAUGUAACUUGAAUUUGGCGCCUUCGGGCAUGUGAGGUUUGCAUUGUCAUAACCUAUGUAAACAUAAAUAAGUAAACAGAUACGCAUUUAAAGUAGUAGUUGAUUUCUUUUAUUAUGAAAACUGUUUUACAGAAAAGGUGAAUUUAGGGCGCAUUAAUCAAUACAUGAUAUUUACAGUAUGCUUAUACUUGAUAUGACCUUGAAACAUGUCAAGGUCAUUCUUGGUUAUUGAAUAAUUUAAGUUGUAAUGCGAGUCAACGUUAUUUGCCUGUUUGGAAAUCUGUGUACAUUAUUUAUAUGUGUCAUGACUUGUUGUCAUUUCAGCUUAAACAAGUAUUGUUUAUUCUGUUAUUAAAUUGCAGAUUGAACCAGUCUCAUUGUGCACACAUCAACACACUAUAGACUCGGUCUGAUUCUUGGGUUUGUUUGGUUUCGACGUAUCACACGCCACAUCUACAGUUCAAUGUCAGCUUGAGUGUCUUGAGUGUCAUCCUCCUUUAAGUACGUCACUGCAAUGGAAGGCAGCACAGAUGAAGAAGUCACCUUUAAGGUCAAUAGUAAGUCGGAGGAUUGUGUAAAGAUGGACAGUGCCAAGAUGCAGAGUGACUUUAUGAACAGAGAUGACAUCAGGCCCGAAGACUCUGUGAGUCAGAGGGGUAGUAGCAGUACCACGUCAGCUAGUUGGAGGCUUCGAGCUAGGGCUAGGAGAGCUGCCUUACAAGCGGAAGUUAUGGCUCUGCAAGAGCAACAAGAGCUUGAGCUUGAGGAAAUCAAGUUGAAACAAAGGAAAGCUGAACUUCUUCUUAAAAUGAAAUUGAAGGUAGCAGAGGCAGAAGAAGCUGUUUAUAAAGGUACACAGUCAGAUGUCAAGGUCAAAGGAAAGACUGAUCCUUUAGAACAGGACAAGACUGAAGAAUCUUGUAAGCUUGAACCUUCCAGGGACAAUUCGACAAUGCCGGCUAAGACAAAACUGACACCAACUUGUGACAAUUCUUCAACCAGUGAAAGUGAUAAGAUGAUGGGUAAGAUGCAUUCUGACAUUUUCCAUCACCUACAGCAAGGACAGAAACAACAUCAGCAGCUGUUGGAAGCUAUCACCAUUUCCACUGCCAACAUUAUGUCAUUUGAUGGUAACCCUCUGAAUUUUUAUGAAUUCAUGCAGUCGUUUGACAGCGUCAUUGGUAGAUCUUCAUUGGACAAUAACACCAAGCUACUCAAGUUAUAUCAUCUGUGUAGUGGAGCUGCCAAAGACAUCAUCCAUUGCUGUCUAAUGAUGCAUCCAGAUGAUGGAUACUUACAUGCAAGGACGCUACUGACUGAUCGAUUUGGAAAUGCCUUCAAGAUCUGUGAUGCCUGGAUCAAGAAGAUCACAGAAGGACCUAUCAUACAAAAUGAUCCAAAGCAGCUGAGGGACUUCGCUGAUCAGCUUAAGACCUGUGGAGAAACAUUGAUGGCAAUAGGAAUGCUCCGAGAGUUAAGCUCUAGGAGUGAACUGGUGAAGAUCAUUGACCGUUUGCCAUUUCACCUGAAGAGCCGCUGGGUACGUCAUGUGAAAUCCAUCAGAGAUGUUGGAAGACAGCCUACCAUUCAAGAUGCAGUUGACUUUAUCACUGAUGCAGCUGAUGAGCUUAAUGAUCCUGUAUUUGGUGCACUUCUUACUGGAGGAUCAAAGAGCGGAAGUACUGACAAAGUGAGAACCAUGUUAGGUAGAGGUCAGGUGAGCGUAUUUACCACUUCAGCCAAUCCAUCAACUCAGAACUGCCUUAUGUGUAAUGCCAGCCAUGAUCUUUUUGGCUGUCAGGAGUUCAAGAACAUGAAUCCUGAUGAACGCUUUGAUUUUGCCUUCAAGAACAGAUUAUGCUUCAAUUGCCUCUUACCUGGCCACAUUUCUUCUAGAUGCAACAUCAACAGAACCUGCUCUGUUAGAGGAUGCGAUCAAAGACACACAAAGUUCCUACAUACUGGGAGAAGGAUGAUGACAUCAUCUCCACAGCGCCAUACGCUUCUCAGUGCAAGUGACGCGUCUACUCAAACUGACAGCGAUGUAUCAUCCCAUGCCAGCUGUGGCGCCAUGGGGGCCGGAGUUAGCAGAAUCGCUCUUCCGAUAGUACCGGUCACUGUUAGUGUCCCAGGUGAAGUAGGAGGAACUAUUGAGACCUAUGCUUUGCUGGAUUCUGGUUCCACAAACUCAUUUUGUCUACAGGAAAUAGCAGAGAAGAUCCAGACAAAGGGACGAAAGAAGAUCGUAUCAGUAUCUACACUAGAAGCUCCUAACCACACUAUGGAAUGCGAAGAAGUGAAGCUGAGUGUAAAAGGGUCUUCUGGUACAUCAAGCAAGAAGAUAGAUGCUGAGUUCCUUACACGUCCAAGCUUGAAUAUCAAUGCAGUGAACAUGGCCACUGAAGAAGAUAUCUCCAGAUAUCAACAUCUUUUUGGUAUUGAUCUCCAAGUGACAACAGGAAAGGAGGUAUCUUUACUUAUCGGACAGGAUAUGCCCGAGGCUCUGAUGCCACUGGAAAUCAGAGCAGGUGCUCCAGGUGAAGUCUAUGCCAUCAGGACAGCACUUGGGUGGACGUUAAAUGGACCGCUAGGAAAUGAAAGUAAUCUACUGAUUCAUCAAGCUUCAUCUAACUUCGUUUCUACUGCAGGAAACAUACCUCUGGGAGUCGAACCUCAUCAAACUUGUAAGCUAGAAAGAGUUGACAGAUAUGAUAAUAGUUGGCAACUUCCAUCUCACACCCUAACUCAGGAUCUGCCAAAUAAUCCUCAAGUGACAAGCAGACAAGACUCCCUGAAGACUCGUCUGAAUAAGGAUGAUUGUCUACACGCUAACUACAGGGAGGAGAUGAAGUCCUUGCUGGAAGAAUCAUAUGCUAAAGAGGUUCUUGAUGCAGCUCCUGAGAAAGAUGAAGGUCUGGUAGGGCUUUUCUCCAAGAUCACAGGCAUCGUCAGCAGCAGGCCACCAACAAGAGGAUCACCAAAGGUCUAUGAUGAGGAAGAUUUGAAUUCGAAGCUCUUACUUCUGUUAGACAGGAAGCUACAGCUACUUCCAGAAGUAACAGUCAGACCAGAUGUCUCGAAGAUGACUCAGAGUUAGGUACAAUCUUUAGCAGACACCUUUAAAUACUAGUCAAGAGAAUACUUACCUCAUGUGUAAAUUUGAAACGUUGAAACCUUCGCAUUGCAAUCUACAAAUUAGUUGCCUUGUGCUUGAAGCCAAUGGAAACUCUUCACUUAUUUUGUGACUGCUUGGAAGAUUUCUCCAGAAUUUCCAGGCAAGAAAGGGGUCAACCGCGGAAAAUCCAAACUAAGACUAGCAUAAUUAUAUUCUACCUACCUCAGGGUUAUACAUUUUUCUGAAAGGACAUUAUUGAUUAUAAUGCUGAUGUAGAACUUAAAGUCAGAACCUAUUUAUCAGAAGAAAGAGAAACUUGUGAAAUAUAUGCAAUUUAUGAUAAUUGAAUCAACAAUUGUCUUUGCAAGGAUAGGAUCAGUUUAGAUAAUCUUGUGCAGUGAUCUUUGAACUUAUCGCGAUAUGAACAUUUUGAAGUCAUUAAUAAUCGUCAAAAUAUGAAAUCAUGUGGAUUCUGCUUCGUGAAAGCAUUACUAUAUAUUCAUCAAAAUGUAAUAUCAUAAUGUCGACAGUGAUUACAUCAAGCGUCAAACUGAUUUGUAUCAUCGCGGGAAGUUUAUAGCGUGAUUGAUAAUCUUGUAAGCUGGAUUUAACAAGUGACUUUAACGCGGACAGUGUAUCAACAGUAGUCUUACCAGUACUGAUAUCUGAAAACUGAAAUGGGACAAGAACUAAGAAGCUAAUAUAAACAAUUUACAAAAAAUGGACUUGAAAUUGUAAACUGAUUAAGAAGACUGUAUAUACACAUGUGGACUGAUUUCUCAGAAUAUUCAUGUUUAUUCAUGCAUAUGUAAAAAAAAAUGCAUGUUGUCAUUUUCAAGACAUUUGCUCGAUUGACAUAAAACAUUUGACAAAGUUUACAAUGUGUUAUGUAAUUUAGAAAAUUGAUGAUUUCCAGUGUGAAUUGUAAAUCUGAUUUAACAGGAUUUAAGCUACAGUGAAAACGUGAAUACUUUUGUAUUUGUUUUAGGUCACCAUACUUAAGUUGAAUGUGAUGGAAGAAGAAAUAACCAUAAAAAGGAUUGUUUUAGAAAUUCAGGAUUUUUUGUUAGUACAGAAAAUCGACAUGUCAUGCUAAGCAAAUUUUGUGCAGAUUAGACAAAAGACAAUACUAGAAAGUUAUUAUAUGGUGAUAUGGUAUUCAAAUGAUGGUUUAGAAACAUCAGUACUGUCAAUUUGAUAUGAUAAAUGAAAGAUAUGCAAAUUUAUUUUGAAGCAGAACUUCAAAAAUGUAUUGAAUGUUAUAUGAACUUGUCAAUGCAUUCUUAGAGCGGUUUGUAUUGAGUCAGACAGGAAGAGUUAAACUCUUAGUGAGAAGUUAAAGUCAGAGUUUAUAUAUUGUAUUUUGCAAAAUGAACGUGUUGAGAAACGGCAAGUUUUUAUGAUUGCUUGUUUAACAUAGUAAUUUUCUCCUAGUGUCACAGAUGUCCUUUUUCUUAGCCAGAAGGAAGAUGUCGUUUUGAUUAAACAUUUUCCAGUGUCAUUCCUGGUGUAUGGAAUUGUAGUUACAAAUCAGUUUCCUUUUGUGUCAAAUGUUUUACCAAAACGAUGCUCCUUCAGGCACGGAAAGUUGGAAGCUCUGAACUUGGUUGUUGUCAUGGUGACGUUAGAAGAAUGUUCAUUGCAAUAUACUUAAUGCUAUUUUGGAUUUGGUAUUUUCCAUCUGUUCUUAGGAAUGCUAAAAAUUAUUGGCUAGUGAAUGCAGUUGGUUAAAAGGUAUUCUUCAUUAUGAAAGGAUUUUUUAUAGGUUAAGGCCUAGUUAAUCAACUGAAGUUGUGAAUUUUGGGUUUUGAUAUAAACAAAUAUUUCAAAGGUGAAAGUUGUUAAAAAAAAAAAAAAACAGUUGUUGAUAUAGGAAUUCAUGAUGAAUAUAGUGAGUUUUUAUGUAAUUUUGAUUUCGUAAAAGAAUGAAUUGUUAAAUGUUCAGAAAGGCUUCUCAUUUAAGGGGGCCGGGAUGUCGUGUACAGGAUAAGGUUUUUAGUAAUUUCUAAUUUGCUUUGAUACUGUUUUCUUUUACAUUGUAAAUCGAUUUUUAUUUAGAUUCGAACUCACCGACUGAGGGCGCAUUGUUUUUUUGGUACAGUCAUGGAAAGCGUGUCGCUUGUCAGUUUAGUUGUUAAUUUCUAUAAUUUCGUGAUACGAGCCCAAUGACAUUGAACCAGUCUCAUUGUGCACACAUCAACACACUAUAGACUCGGUCUGAUUCUUGGGUUUGUUUGGUUUCGACGUAUCACACGCCACAGGUGGCACAUAUCACCAACUUCGUGAUCUUUUCAUGUGGCCCUGUUAACACAAAGAAUUAAGAAAAAACAAACAAGUAAUAAUGAUAAUAAUAAUCAAGUAAUAAAUAAGGUGUAAUCCAGUAAAACAAUAAAAGGAA